AUCGUCAACAUCAUCGGUCGGUUAAAGCAGCCAUCGCAAAGAAACCGUGUACUCAAUUACGAGCCCACACAUCACAACCGACCACCCCUCAUUUACAAUACACCAGCGCCAUGGAUACAGGCCUCACAGCAUCCGAGCAGCGCGAGCUCGAGACCCGCCUGCAAAAGCGCCAAGUCAAGGAGUUCAUGACCGUCUUCGGCAACCUCGUUGACAACUGCUUCAACGCGUGCGUCGACGACUUCACCUCCAAGGCGCUCUCGGGCCGCGAGUCGGGCUGCAUCAGCCGCUGCGUGACCAAGUCCAUGACGACCCAGACCCGUCUGGGCGAGCGCUUCGCCGAGCUCAACGCCGCCAUGACCGCCGAGAUGCAGAAGCGGUAAAAUUUCUUCUUGUUCUCUGCGCUCGCACGCGCGUACUCGCACAUGUGGCACACCAUCAGGGGGCUGCGACAUGGAUAUGGGGCUAUCGGAUAGGCGGAGCGGGUCGGUGAGGGAUGGGGGAGAAUCAAGACGAGUCGAAUAAUCUCCGCUCAAGAGAUAGGAGGCUCCAGAGGUUGUCUUUGGUUUGGGGUGUCGGGGUUGAGCGUUGUACCAUUAUCAUACUACAUACAAUGCAUGGCGGCGCCGGAAGCCACGCGGAACGAGGUCGGCUGGGAUAUAUAUGGAUAGACAAUGGCUGGUGGGUGCUGUCGGUGUAGCAUUACGAGGAAUCUU